AUGACAUCCAUUGCCGAGGGACUUUUCAAGUCGUUGCCCAAACCCAAAUACACUGGCGAAUAUGAGAAGCCACCUCCCCAUACUCAACAGCGUGGGCCUCGAGUCGUUGGCGCUGGCGCUGUGGACGAGUCGCAGCUGAUAUUAAAGCAAACCGGCCCGCCCGGGUAUGGGAAGCGUGCAGGAUGGCGACCUCGAGCACCUGAAGAUUUCGGUGACGGUGGUGCAUUUCCCGAAAUUCCCGUUGCACAAUAUCCUCUAGAUAUGGGUCGUAAAGGCGCGACCGAUAAAUCGAAUGCCCUGGCUCUCCAAGUUGACGCUGAAGGAAAGGUUAAAUACGAUGCUAUUGCCCGACAAGGCCAUGGGGAAGGCCGCAUUGUGCAUGCCUCGUUUAAAGAUUUAAUUCCUCUUCGCCAGCGGGUUGAUAUGGGCGAAAUAUCGUUAGACCGUCCCUCACAGGAGGAGGUCCAAUCACAGAUGGAAAAAACCAAGGCUGCAUUGGAUAAAUUGGUAUCUGGCGCGGUUGCUGCUCAAAAACCAAAAAAUAUCAAGGGUGGUCAACGGAAUGAGCCUACAUAUGUACGAUAUACACCGGCAAACCAGAUGGGGGACACCACUCGGAAGAAUGACAGGAUCAUGAAAAUUGUGGAAAAGCAAAUCGAUCCGAUGGAGCCCCCGAGGUUCAAACACAAGAAGAUCCCUCGUGGUCCACCAUCGCCGCCACCUCCGGUCAUGCAUUCUCCGCCCAGAAAACUUACAGCUGAAGACCAGGAAGCGUGGAGAAUUCCACCCCCUGUUUCUAACUGGAAAAACCCAAAGGGGUACACCGUACCAUUAGACAAGCGUUUGGCAGCAGAUGGGCGUGGACUUCAAGAUGUUGCAAUCAAUGAUAAAUUUGCACAGUUUGCUGAAGCUUUGUUUACUGCUGACCGCCAUGCUAGAGAGGAGGUGAAGCAGAGAGCACAGAUGCAGCAAAAACUAGCAGAGAAGGAAAAAGCCAAAAAAGAAGAACACCUUCGAGAAUUGGCUCAGAAGGCACGCGAGGCAAAAUCCGCAGCAAUCAGCGGCCGACGACAGUCUCGUGCGCGGUCUACUAAUGGCAGCCGCAGCCCCUCUCCCUAUUCAUCACGUUCGGAAUCACCGAGCGAAGGCGAAGAUGCUGCUCGUGAGCGUGAACGCAUGCGUCGUGAACGGAGACAGGAGGAAGAGCGGAAGCUUCGUCAAUCCAGAAUGGGUACAGAGCGCCGGAUACAGAUGAUGGCGAGAGAGCAAAACCGUGAUAUUUCCGAAAAGAUUGCAUUAGGCUUGGCAAAACCUACUCAAGGCUCAGAAACGAUGUACGACUCUCGGUUAUUCAAUCAAACAAGCGGGUUUGAUUCCGGGUUCAAUGAAGAUAACCCUUUCGACAAACCCCUUUUUGCUGCACAGAACGUCAUCAAUAGUAUCUAUCGACCUAGAGCACAGGCCGAAGAGGAGUACGAUGAGGAAGCUGGUGGAGCGGAGAUGGACAAAAUCGGUCGAAAUAAUCGCUUCGAAGUUCUUGGACGGGCUAAGGAAGGGUUUAAGGGUGCUGCAGAGGCGGAGGCUCGAGAUGGCCCUGUCGAGUUUGAAAAAGAUACAGCCGACCCUUUUGGCAUCGAGGGAAUGAUUGCUGAGGUAACUGGCGGUUCGUCCGGGCCAAGCCAGAAGCGCUAUGGUAUCCAAGAAGCAGAAGGUUCUGAAACGCGAGGGUCGAAGCGAGCCAGGGCAAGUGAAGAUGACAUUAACGAUGAUGAACGAAAGAGGAGAUAA